AUCUCGCGGAGGGGCGGGCCGGGGGCGGCGGCCCGGCGGGGCGCGCUCGGCCCCUGAGGUGCGGGAGUUUAGAGCGCGUCCGCUCGGCUGGCGGCUACGGGAGCGAGGCGUGCGGGUCGGGAUGUCAGAACAGUCUACGGUCCCGGAGCAGAGCGCGCCGGACUGGCGGCGCGCAGGCUUCGUGCUGGGAGUGGACGUAGGCAGCUCGAUGAUUCGCUGCCACGUCUAUGACCGCGCGGCACGGAUCUGCGGCUCCAGCGUGCAGAAGGUAGAAAGUCUUUAUCCUCAGGCUGGCUGGGUUGAAAUUGAUCCUGAUGUUCUCUGGCUUCAGUUUGUUGCUGUAAUAAAAGAAUCUGUCAAAGCUGCAGGAAUAGAAAUGAAUCAAAUUGUUGGUCUUGGCAUUUCAACACAGAGAGCAACUUUUAUCACAUGGGACAAGAAAACGGGAAAGCAUUUCCACAACUUCAUUAGUUGGCAAGACCUAAGAGCUACUGAACUUGUAAAAUCUUGGAAUAGUUCUCUUUUAAUGAAGCUCAUACACAGUUCCUGCCGAGUACUGCACUUUUUCACCAGAAGUAAACAGUUUCUAGCGGCCAGUUUGUUCACUUUCACAACUCAGCAUGUUUCUUUGAGAUUGGCCUGGAUUUUGCAGAACCUGACUGAGGUGCGGAAAGCAACAGAAGAAGAAAAUUGCUGCUUUGGGACUGUCGAUACCUGGUUGUUACAUAAGCUCACAAAAGGUUCUGAAUUUGCCACAGAUUUUUCAAAUGCCAGCACAACUGGACUUUUUGACCCAUAUGAGAUGUGUUGGAGCAAGAUCAUUACCUCCCUGCUGUCAAUCCCGCUGUCUCUCCUGCCUCCUGUGAAGGAUACGAGCCACAAUUUUGGAUCAGUGGAUGAAGAGAUAUUUGGUGUGCCUAUACCAAUAGUGGCCUUGGUCGCUGACCAGCAAUCAGCCAUGUUUGGAGAAUGCUGCUUUCAGACAGGAGAUGUGAAGUUAACCAUGGGAACUGGGACGUUUUUGGAUAUUAAUACUGGAAGUAACCCUCAACAGAGUGUUGGAGGCUUUUAUCCAUUAAUUGGGUGGAAGAUCGGCCAAGAAGUGGUGUGCUUAGCUGAAGGCAAUGCGGGAGACACAGGCACUGCCAUAGAGUGGGCUCAACAGUUAGAUCUGUUCACAGAUGCUGCUGAAACUGAAAAAAUGGCCAAAAGCUUGGAAGAUUCUGAAGGAGUUUAUUUUGUUCCAUCUUUUAGUGGAUUGCAGGCUCCAUUAAAUGACCCCUGUGCAUGUGCCUCUUUCAUGGGUUUGAAGCCUUCCACCAAUAAAUACCACCUUGUUCGAGCAAUAUUGGAGUCUAUAGCUUUCAGAAACAAACAGUUAUAUGAGAUGAUGCAGAAAGAGAUCCAUAUUCCUGUAAGGAAAAUCCGGGCAGAUGGAGGAGUUUGUAAGAACAGUUUUAUUAUGCAGAUGACUUCAGACCUGAUUAAUGAGACUAUAGACAGACCUGUCCACGUUGAUAUGUCCUGCUCAGGCGCAGCUUCUCUAGCUGGCCUUGCUGUUGGGUUUUGGAGUGACAAGGAGGAGCUAAAGAAACUGAGGCAAAGUGAAAUGGUUUUCAAGCCCCAGAAGAAAUGGCAAGAAUAUGAAAUGAAUAUGGGGAACUGGGUCAAAGCCGUGAAACGCUCCAUGAAUUGGUAUAAGACGUAACACUGGUGGAAUGACUGAAACUACGGAGGGCUGAUCAUCGUGUCGUGCAGCUGAGACAAAGCUCAGGAAUAACAAUGAGACCAACCGUGACCAAGAGAAGACUUAAACUGAGCUUUGCAACCCCAGAGAAAAAGCAUUGCUUUUUGUAAAACAAAACAAAAUACUCAUUAAAAAAAAAUCUAAACCUUGGUGAGAGAUUGUACGGCAACAAUACCUCA